UGUUUGUUUGGACAUUGUUGGAUAACAUCCUGUUCUCCUGCAAUGGCACCUUGCUCUACCCUCCUCCUCCUCCUCCUCCUCGUCCUCCUCCUCUCACCAUGUACAGCUGCUCGUCCUGCCAGCGACAAGCAGGUCAGAGUUGUGAGGUUAUUUGGAAGCCAUCUCCUGUCCCUCAUCAUGGCCCCCCCUCUCUAUGAUGACCUCACAGAGGCCUCGGCACAGAGCCCCGUCUUUUCCUCCUCUUCUACGAGCGGAUUGGCCGCCAGACCGCAAGAGGUCCGCCGGUUCUUCCUUGACUUACUCAAGAGCAACAGGAAGUUGCGGGGGCGCAGCAGGAAGCGUAUGGCGGGCGGUAGAGGCUGUUUUGGAAUGAAGAUGGAUCGUAUCGGCUCUAUCAGCGGGCUGGGCUGCUAGUCACCCUCACUGAGCUACCACCAUGAUGACACUUUCCAUGACAUCCCACGGUGACGUCACACCCGUGAUGUCACCUCCAUGACAUCACGUCCACGACGGUACAUCCGCGAUGUCACGUCCGCAAUGUCACAUCCAUGUUGGAUCUUCAACAGUCUCUGAACUGUUAACCUCGACCCCUGGCCAAACCGCCAGCAGCACUCUGGAAGUCACAUCGAUGACUUCACACUGGGAUGUGACAUCACACUGUGAUGACACAUCCAUGACGUCAUGUCUGAUCUCACACCAUGAAGUCAGAUCAAUGACCAAACGUAACGUCCAUGUUGGAUCGUUAACAGUCUCUGUUGACUGUAGCCCUUGACCCCUGGCCACUACGCCAGAAGAACUCUAUUUCAGUGUGUGUGUGUGUG